GAGUAAGGAAGGGCGCGAGCCCAGUGUUGGUGGUGUUGCGUGCCUGCGCGAAUCGGGAGGUGGUGCUGUGUCGGUGUUUUCUCUUCUUAUUCGAGGGAAGGACUCCGCCGUUUCUUCCCAAGUUGUUGGGUGGGAGCGUCACGUUUGGGAAAGGGCGUCCGUCAUCCCAGCGGAAAAGAUAAAAGUUUAGAUUGUAAUAAAAGAAAAUAGAAGCCAUGUUUCGAAGACCUGUAUUACAGGUACUUCAUCAGUUUGUAAGACAUGAGUCUGAAAUAGCCAGCAGUUUGGUUCUUGAAAGAUCUCUUAAUCGUGUGCAGUUACUUGGGCGAGUGGGUCAGGACCCAGUCCUGAGACAGGCGGAAGGGAAAAAUCCAGUAACAAUAUUUUCUCUAGCAACAAAUGAGAUGUGGCGAUCAGGGGAGAAUGAAGAAUACCAAAUGGGUGACAUCAGUCAAAAGACAACAUGGCAUAGGAUAUCAGUGUUCCGGCCAGGCCUCAGAGAUGUAGCAUAUCAGUAUGUGAAAAAGGGGUCUCGAAUUUAUGUGGAAGGAAAAGUAGACUAUGGUGAAUACAUGGAUAAAAAUAAUGUGAGGCGACAAGCAACAACAAUCAUAGCUGAUAACAUUAUAUUUCUGAGUGACCAGACAAAAGAAAAGGCAUAAAAUGGACGAUUCUUCUUUGGCCAUUGUUUGGUAUAGUCCCAUUUCCGAAUCAUGUGUAGUCUUUAUAGUUUCUAAGGACAAGAAUUAAAAUACCCUUUUAUAUAAAUGCGUGAUAAUAUUUUUCCUGACUGUCACUGCUUUUCCCCUUUUUGUCGCAUAAACAUCAGUAGUUCCUGUCA